AUGCCCUGUACCAUUCAAGUCAACGAUGUGUUUGGUCCAGCUGUCUCGUCGACCUGCCACUAUGGGUUCGACUUUACACUUCUCUUCGAAGAAGUCUUUCUGUGUAUAGUACCUAUUGUGGUCCUCACCUUCCUUGUCCCCAUUCGUCUCUACCAGCUACUUCCUCGAAGGCCUGUGUUCAGCCCGGGCAACUUCUAUUACACCAAACUAGCACUUCAUAUAUGCUUCAUCAUCAUACAAUUGGUCAAACUAAUCUUCCUCGUCAUACCUGGAUAUGUUCCGAAAACGAGAGCCUCAAUCGCGGCACAGGCCCUCUCAUUUUAUAUUGCCAUCGUCUUGUGCGGACUAUCGCACUUUGAGCAUUUGAGAAGCGUCCGACCGUCGGCGCUGCUUUCUUUGUACUUUGGCGUCUCCCUUUUGCUCGACACCGUCCGGGCAAGAACGCUCUGGACACUUCAGAACAAUGUCCCCUUCGCUGUGGCCUUUUCGGUCAGCCUGGGCUUCCAACUGGCCCUGUUCAUCUUCGAAUCCUUGGAGAAGGAGACGGGUUAUAAUCGAUCGUACGAGACCCUGUCCAAGGAGACGGCCGGGAAUGUCUUCACCAGAAGCCUUUUCUGGUGGGUGAACCCUCUCCUCCUGAGAGGCUUCAAACAGGUCCUAGAAAUAGACCAACUACCUCAGAUGGACAACGAACUGAGUUCUCCCGCCCUUCAACGCAAGAUAUGGGCCGACUGGAGCGCUCUACCCGCAAAGAGUCCCGCUGCACUUUUCAAAUUGCUCCUCAAGGAGUACCGUUACAGCCUGUUUCAAGGCAUGAUCCCCCGGGCGGCUCUGUCGGGAUUCACCUUCGCCCAGCCGUUCUUGAUCACGCGCGUCGUCAACUUCGCCGUCGACGAUGCCGUGAGGCUAGACCAUGAGUUAGGCAAUGGCCUCAUUGCCGCCACGGCUCUGAUCUAUAUCGGGCUGGCAGUUUCCAACGCCAACACACAGCACAAGACGUACCGCGUCAUCACCAGGCUGCGUGCAAGCCUUGUCUCACUCAUCUACUACAAGACCUUGAGUGUGAGCAUUCCCACCGCGCAAGACUCGUCGGCAAUCACGCUGAUGAGCACCGAUGUCGAGCGCUCAGGAACGGGGUUGAGGUUCAUCCACGAGCUUUGGGCCAGUCCCAUCGACAUUGGCCUCUCGAUCUAUCUUCUUGAACGCCAGCUUGGCCCUGCAAGCGCCGCUCCGGGAGUCUUCUUUAUCCUCUGCAGUGCCGCUGGUUUGAAAGUGGCUGCAUCCAUGGGCGAACGCCAGAGACUUUGGCUCCAAUCCAUCGAGCGUCGAAUCAAGGCAACUUCGGAAAUGCUUUCGUCCAUGAAGGAGGUCCGAAUGGGUGGUCUCCAGGCAAGGCUCGAAGCCGAGCUACGGGAUCUACGGCAAAAAGAGAUUGAAAGCUCGAGGAAGUUCAAGAACGCAUUGGCUCUUAUUGUUUGUUUAUCUUACACCACAGCAGUCAUGGCUCCGGUGUUUUCAUUCGGAAUCUUCUCUCUUCUCGCCCAGAAGAACGGUACAGCCCCCUUGACGACAGACAAAGGCUUCACUUCGUUGGCAGUCUUUUCGCUACUUCGGGGCCCUAUGGCGACGUUGAUCGAUGCUAUUGCUGGAUUGGUGGCAUCAAUAGGUGCCAUGCAGCGGAUCGGUGAGUAUUUGACGACCGAGUCACAUCGGGAUCCUCACGGUCAUGCUAUGCCUCCUUCGCCACCCCCAUAUACUCCCUACUACCCGGACGGUCCAGAGCAAGGCUACGAUGCGGUCCCCCUGAGAGAGCUCGGCAACGCCACCUCCAAAUCUGGCGUGGCAUCUGACCGGCCUUUGGUGGUAGCUACCAACUACAGCGCUGGGUGGGCCCAAGACAAAGCAUGUGUGCUUCACGAUCUCAACUUUUCGGUGAUGAGCUCAUCCCUCACGCUUAUCGUCGGCCCCGUCGGCUGUGGGAAGUCCACUCUUUUGCAUGCUAUGCUGGGCGAAACAACUGUCAACCAGGGCAGUCUGACCAGGACAUUCUAUCAGGCCGCAUUUGCCAGCCAAUCUCCUUGGCUAGUCAGCGACACCAUCCAAAAGAACAUCACGGGCACGAGUAUGUUUGAAGAGGCGUGGUACAAUCAGGUCGUGGAUGCCUGUGCCUUACGGGACGACCUCGACCGUAUGCCGAAAGGGGAUCAAGAGCCGGUCGACGCUGGAGGUUCGAAUCUCAGUGGAGGACAGCAAGCGAGAGUGGGAGUUGCCCGAGCUGUGUAUUCCAAACAGCCGUUGAUACUGUUGGACGACGUGAUGAGUGGACUCGAUGCACGCACUGAGAACAGCAUUUUCACCAACCUGCUCGGCCCAGAAGGGCUUCUUCGCAAACAAAAGACGACCGUCAUCUAUGCCACGAACGCGCUGCACCGAUUGUCGGCAGGAGACCACAUCCUAGUGCUCGGCAACGAUGGGAGAUUGGUCGAGCAGGGCACCUACUCUGAAUUGACCUCGAUGGAGAAGCUCGCUCAAUCUGGCGAUCGCGAACCUUCCGAGUUUGUGAACGUCUCCGUCGAACCGGUCGAUGCCGAGAUGCGAGGCCUGCUUCAAACCCUGACCACCAAAGAGGUAGUAGGCAAUCAGAGGCGCACGGGCGACUUAACCGUGUACAAGUAUUAUGCCCAAGUGGUGGGCUAUCUGAACUUUGCCAUCUUCAUCGCUCUAGCCUCGCUUUUUGUCUUUGCGCUGGUGUUCCCACAAUACAUCGUCAAGUGGUGGGCUCAAGAGAACCAACGGCAUCCAAACAAGAACUUGGGCUAUUAUCUAGGAGGCUACUUUGCGCUCGGGUGGGUUGCACUCUUCGCCUUGGGCUCGGCAUGUCUGCAGCUCGUGGUUAGGAUGAUGCCUAAAGCUUCUUCGACAUUUCACACUGUUCUCCUACGCACAACUCUGGACGCGCCUUUGUCUCUCUUCGCCGGGAACAAUCUGGGGGACACCAUCAAUCGAUUCAGUCAGGAUCUUCAACUGAUCGACAUGGAGCUCCCGCUGGCUCUGUUCAACACCAUCGUCGAGCUUCUGUCAUGCAUUGCCCAGAUCAUCCUCAUUGCCAUUUCAGCAAAGUACAUUGGCGCAGCGAUGCCGGCGGUGCUCGUGGCCUUCUUCCUGAUUCAGACCUUCUAUCUCAGAACAGCUCGACAGUUGAGAUUGCUGGAUAUCGAAGCGAAAGGACCCCUGUUCUCUUCAUUCCUUGAGACCCUUUCUGGACUCGCCACCAUCCGAGCAUUCGGAUGGGAAAGCGAAUACGAGCAGCGGUGCCAGGAGAAGCUGGACUGGUCUCAACGGCCCAACUACCUUCUCUAUUGCGUCCAGCGAUGGUUGAAUCUCGUUCUCGACUUUGUGGUGGCCGGGAUCGCCAUCGUGGUGAUCACCAUUGCCACCAAGACAAAAGGUGACAUCGACCCCGGUUUGAUCGGAGUUGCUCUGGUCAACAUCAUCAAUUUCAGCGUCAGCAUCAAGGCCUUGCUGGAGAAUUGGACCACCCUGGAGACCUCGAUCGGUGCUGUAUCGCGCAUCCGCUCGUUCGCAAAAGACACCCCAUCAGAGCACAAGACAACAGAAAAGAACAACCCUCCACCAAAUUGGCCCGCUGAAGGCCACGUCGCGUGGGACCAUAUCACUGCAACCUGGGAGGGCAAGUCUGCACCUGUGCUCGAAGAUUUGUUUUUGACGGUGGAACCUGGUCAAAAACUGGCCAUCUGCGGCCGUAGCGGCAGCGGCAAAUCAUCACUGGUGUCCGCCUUGUUUCGCCUUCUGGAACCGCAACAGGGUACGAUUCUGAUUGACGACGUGGAUAUCUCGACAAUCCCACGACAGGACGUCCGCCAACGACUGAUCUGCGUCACACAGGCGCCGUUUCUGCUGUCGGCGUCUAUUCGCGACAACGUCGACCCUUUCAAAGCCGCCUCCGACGACGACAUACUGCAUGCUCUCGCGGAGGUCCAGAUGCAGGAGGUUGUCGACGAGCUGGGCGGCCUCGAUGCGCUGGUCAACGGCGACAAGAUGUCCGUCGGUCAAAAACAAUUGAUCUGUCUUGCCCGGGCCACACUCCGGCCCGGCUCAAUCCUUGUUCUGGACGAAGCCACGGCCUCCCUGGACUUGGCCACGGACGAGCAAGUGCAGAAGAUCAUCCGCACAGCAUUCCGCAACCACACCGUCAUCACCAUCGCACAUCGGCUGCAAACCAUUGUGGAUUAUGACCACAUCGCCGUCAUCUCCGAUGGCAAACUCGCCGAGUACGGUCCUCCCGCCCGACUCUUGGAGAACGAGAGCUCUUAUUUCGCGCAACUGUAUCGCGCCAGCGCCGGCCACACGAAGAUCGAGCGAGCCAAGUCCAAAGCGAGAUCUGUUUAUCGUAGCAGAUCUUCCAGCAAGGAGGUUAUCCCGAGACUCGGGUCACUUCGUCUCCCACCACCUCUGGAGAAGACUUUCCAGGAUACCCUGGAUUACACAGCGUCCUCCAGGAGGAACCGCGACAUGGAGGGUGAUGACGAUGCAGCUUUUGCCGCAGCCAGCAGUGACUAUUUUGAGGGCUUCCAUGAAGAGUCCCACGAGGGAGAGCAACCGCUCAUUUCUUCGACGAUUCAGGACGUUGCCAGAACGUUUGAUGAUCCCAUCUUCUCGUUUGCAAGUCAGAAUUGGACAAUUUCGGCUCUCACGCGGCCUAGCGGAUUGAUGAGCACUCCGUAUGCCGGGGUCGCGAGAUUGGACACUGUCCGAAAACAGCAGCUGGAGAGACAACGCCGGGAUCGGGAGUGUCGGCGCGAACAAGAGCUGGCAAGGUCUGCAGACCUUGAUGUCUGGGCAGACCAGGAGGGGGAGGGCAGUGGGAGUAGUAUUCAAGAAGACAACGACCACGACCAGGACCCUCACGACCACCAUGAUUAA